AUGGUUAUCUUCUUUCCAACGCUUGAAAGUUUUAGCUAUCAGUUGGAAGCUACUGCGUUGGUACAUUUGCAAAUUGCAGCCACACUGAAAGUUUCAGUCACCAGAAUACAAAAAUUUAGUACAAUGCUGAUAAUCAAAAUCUGGAGAGUUGUUCUCCGCUGCGUCACUGAUGUUCCUGUCAAAAUUGCGUCUUUUGGUCAAGAGACCUCCACUCCACUUUCUCUCAUCAUUUCAUGCCCAGAAUUUAGUUUCUCAUCCACAAACACCUCAAAAGCUUCCUCUUCUUGCAGGAAAAAGUACUUCUUUGAACCAACUCAAACAGAUUGUCAUUUGCUUAAUUCUGGUAAACAAAUUCACACACAGGUUAUUAAGUUUGGGUUAGAUUUGGAUUUGUAUGUUAUUAAUAGCUUGAUUCGUUAUUAUGGUGCUUGUGGCGAUAUGAGUGAUGCUCGAAAGCUGUUUGAAGAAGUUCCUGUAAGGAACUUUAUUAUCCGGACCAUGAUUGUCAGUGGGUACGCUCGGAACUUUUUCUCGAAUGAGGCUUUACUGUUAUUCGAUCAGAUGCUUGCUAAAGGAGUUGAGCCGAAUGGUGAGACUUUGUUGCCGGUUCUCUGUGCCUGUGCUCGAUCUUUGUCUUUGAAAUCUGAGCAGCAGACUGAAGUGGGUUUAAUGUUGGGAACUGCUUUAGUUGACAUUUAUGCUCAGAGAGGGGAGAUUUCUGUGGCUAGAAGUUUAUUUCACAAAAUACCAGAGCGGAAUACUACAACAUGGAAUGCCAUGAUAUGUGGAUUGGCUGAUCUUGGGCAUGCUGUAGAAGCUCUUGAGCUGUUUAAGGAGAUGGGGAAGGAAAAAGUUAUGCCCGAUGAUAUCACUUGCCGUGCUGGUUUGCUUGAGGAUGGUCGGGAUAUUUUUCUGUCUAUGAAGCAGGUACAUGAAAAUGAACCCAAGAUUGAACAUCAUAGGUGCAUGGUUGAUCUUCUUGUACAAGGUGGGAGAUUACUUGAAGCUGAGGAGUUAAUAAGUGGGAUGGUUUGUGAAGCUGAUAUAGUUGUAUUGGGAGCUUUAUUGGAUGCAUGUAAGAAUCAUGGGAACAUCGCAAUUGCAGAGAGAGUAGUAAAGAAGAUGCUCCAUUUGGAACCUCAGAAUCAUGGGGUUUACGAUGUUUUGUCUAGCAUGUACGCAGGUGUUGGACGUUGGGAGGAUGAACUGAAGCUAAGGAAAAAGAUGAAAGCUUCGACGAAGAUACCGGGAUGGGGUUUCAUGGAUACCUGGAUGGAUUUAGCCAGAAAGCACAUACUUUAAAUGGAAAGAAGGUUAUGUAGACCUAAAGAGUACAGGGGGUUUGGCACCAGGAAGUUUAAAGAACAAUAAUCAAGCAUUGUUGGCAAAAUGGACAUGGAGGUUCCAAAAUAUGAGAAACAUACUCUAUGGAAAAGGGUCUUUCAAGGAAAGGAAUUCAAAAGCGUAAACAUCUGACGGAGAAGACUUCAGCAGCAAACAUUGGGAACCGUUCUUCUUUAUACUUUUGGCUAGACAAAUGGGCAGCAGCUGAUACACCAAAGAAUUUAUUCCCUAGAGUCUACAGAUUGGCAGUCAAUAGGAAGGCAGGGAUUAAAGACCAAAUUGUUAACAUUUGCUGGAACAUAAGAUACAAGAAGAUUCCAAAUUCAGUGGAACUGAUGGACACUGCAAACUUGAUGAGACUGAUGUCAAUGCUUCCAUCUUUAUCUCAUCAGAAAGAUACAAUUGUCAGCUCCUCAGGUCACAACUUUACUGUCAAAAAUCUAUUUACGAUUGGUUACAUACAUCUGAAAAUAUGUCACAGGAUAUUUUUCCUCACAAACAUGUUUCUUCAUAUGGUUUGUAUUACUCAAUCCCAUCCCAGCAGGGGAUAAUCUCAACAGAAGAGGUUGUAAUAUCAUGGAAAAGCAUAGCUAUUUAUGUGCUGAAGAAGAAGAAACUGCUAGUCACAUGCUGUUGCAUUUUUAAGUUCUCAAGACAAAUCUGGAAUUAUUUCUUGGCAAGCUUUGACCAGGAGUGGGUGCAAGCAGAUAAUUUGUUGCAUGAGUUGUUAGCAUGGGAAUAUAGAAAGGCUGAAGAUAGAGGUAGGAAGACAUAGCCUCUUAUUUUCUUUGCUGUUUGCUGGGUGAUAUUCGAAUAAAAGGGUUAUGGCACACAAAAAAGGGAGAGGGGCAGAUGUACUGAUUAAUGAAGUCAAUGACAUUUGUAAUCAUGGUUGGUAGGUAUGAAUCUUUGUAAUGCCUAUUUUCUUUCCUAUUAAUAAAACUAUAACCUUUAGUUACCAAGUACAAUGCAGUAGGUCAUAUGGCCUGCCUGCAUGUUAUUUUAACCAGUGCUCACUGCUCAGUUCCCUAGUGGUAGUGGAUGGUCAAAAAUCACUCGUUAAAAGGUAGCUAUGGCCUAUGAACUUUUGGGUC